ACGUCCUACGUGUCUCGCGCGCAGCACCCGACCGCAGGCGGAGGAGGAAGGAUGGCGCUGCUGGCGAUGAGCUUGGGGCUGGCGCUGCUGGCCACGCACCUGGCAGCCUCUCUGAACAAUCAAUUUGGUCAUCCUUCAGGAUAUAGAACACCAAACUGUAAUCAAUAUAGAUUACCAGGAUGUCCCAGAGACUUUAACCCUGUAUGUGGAAGCGACAUGUCCACUUAUGCCAACGAGUGUACUCUGUGCAUGAAAAUCAGGGAAGAUGGUCAUGAUAUAAAAAUAAUCCGAAAUGGACCGUGCUGAUGGAGCAUUUUACAGAAGAGAAAUUGGAGAAACCACCUUCAACUACACACUAGA